UGGCACUUUGCAACACUUCGGCGAAGAGAAAGGUAAAAGGUAACCCUAGACUUUCUAUUUUCUGAUUGCGUUGUUGUCGAGAAAACUCAGCGAAAAUUUUAGAUUGUCUGCAAAAUAUACCGUUCCAAAAAGCACACUCGAUAGCUGAGUCAGUCACUGACGCGGAUUCGCAGAAGAAGCAGCAGCAGCAGCGAGGCAGAAAAUCGAAGAGACCCCGCGAUGGCCGAGGUGGAGAAACCAAAGGCGGCCACGCCCCCGACCGACAUCCCCCAGGUCACGCCUACUGUCGCCAGCGAGGUAGCCACAUCGCCCACAACUGACGCUAUCGCGGAUGUGGAGCCGGGCACCUCGCCCACCCAGGAGCCAAACUCCAAUUCGCAUCCUCAUGAUUCGGAGUACGACACGGCCAGUGAUCUGGAGGGCGGCGAGGAUUACGAUGACGAGGAGAGCGCCAGCGGGAGUGCCAGUGGUGGUAGCGAGGAGGAUGAGGAAUCGGAGACCGAUGAGGACGAGGUGGGCAGCGAGUCGGACGACGGUGAAGGGGAGCAGGCACUGGACCGCUCCGUCGCUGACAGCGAGGCCCAGAAAAAGGUGGACGAGGAUCGAAGCAAUCCUCAGUACAUCCCUAAACGAGGAACUUUCUAUGAGCAUGACGACCGAACGGCGGAGAACGAGGGUGAAGUCCUGGUCGAGACUGAGAACGGAGCUGGCCAGACGCCGGCGGAGCCCAAUGGCGAGCUUAACGGACUGACGGCUGCUGGAGCCGCGCCCAGUGGCCAAACGCCACAGAUCUCACAGGCCUCCAAAACUAUGCGGAAGUGGCAGCCAGCUUCGGGCGGCGAUCGCUGGUCUCACGAUCGCUUUGAGGCCACGGAGCAGGCACCCAAAUCCAGGGCAGAACUGCUGCAGACCUACGGCUACGACAUCAGGAACGAGGAUGCACCGCCUCGAGCCAGACGUCGCCGACGAUAUACGCGUGGCCCAAGUAAAUACUCAAGAAACUGGGAAGACGAACAGGCCUACUUGAAGGCCAGCAACAAGGAGCGCAAGCCGCCGCGUCCCCAGGACUUCCCGGCCCUCAACGAGAGAAAGCCGCGCGGCCCACGAACCUCAUCCUCGCGCGAGGAGAAGGAGAACCGACGAUCGGGCGGUGCUGGAGGCUUGGUUGCAGAGAAGCAGCAACCCCUGGCCAGUGGCUCAAAUUCGCACAGAUCCCAGGAGCCAGACCGCGAGAGGGAAAGAGAGCGCGAACGGGAACGUGACCGCGAGCCCAAGAACCGAAACUUUGGCCGGAUGAACGGUGCCCCAGGGCGUCAGAAUGGCAUGGAGUUUAAGAAGAACAACCGAGGGCAGCAGCCACGCGAGCGAGAGAGGGGGCCUGACCAAUUGGAAAACCGAAACCAGAAGCCGAACACUCCACGCUCCAACCAGCAACAACCACAGCAGCAACCUCAUCACCAACAGCAAUCGCAGCAGCAGCGACAGCCGCCCCAGCAGCCGCAGCCGCCACAAACGCCUCUUUCCACGACGAACCUCUCUCAACGCCUACAGCAGGUGCAGCAGCGCAACGAUCCCAGCCACGUGGGCAGCGUGCAGAUGCACUCGCUGGCCAGCCAAAGUCAGGCGCCACAGCAGCAACAACAACAACCACUGCAUCAGGAACAGCGAAAUGCGCCCAAACGCUACUCUAGUUUGCGUCGCUCCCAGCAGGAGGCAUCGCAGCACUUGGCGGAGCAGCAGCAACAACAGCAGAUACAGCAGCAGUUGCACCUCCAGCAACAACAGCAACAGCAGUCGCAGAUCAUGAUCCAGGAUCCUCACAUGCUGAUGCAAAUUGCCUACCAGCAACAAGAGUUGCAGGCCCAACUGCAGACCAUGCAACUGGGACCACCCACUGCCGGAGGGGCAGUGCCAGCGCCACCAAAGCCACACGCCCCGCCGGCAGCCGGAUAUCCACAGGCUCAGGCGGCACCCUACUAUGUGACCGGUACGGAGCCGGUGGCCGUGCCCCAGGCACCGUAUGUUAGUCCGGCUACUGCUGCCUACUUGCCCACCACUCCGGCUGCGGUAGCUUACGCUCAGGCGGCGCCACCGGUGGUGCCACAGCCCACUCCGGCCGCAGCUCAGGCUCCGACUGCAGCACAGGCAACUCAGCCAUACCAGAACUACAACACGGUGGGCGGCACCACCUACUUUGUGCCGCCGGCCCAGACCGCCAGCCGACCAGCUGCCCUGCCCCAGCGUCGUCCCACCAACGCGAUUCCCAUCUUGCCGCCAUCCGAGAAGCACAAGGCCAAGGGCGGCGCCAAGGAGGAGGGCAUUUCGGACAACAUCGAUCACAUCAUUGAUAAUAUGUUUGUGCAGCGACCCUCAGCCUUUCAGGCCACCGGAGAGGGUGCCAACCCGGGCGGGGGAUCGAAGGAUGAGGCGCCGGCGGCGGCUACUCCUCCGGCUGCCGAGCAGAACCUUCAGCCGGUGCCGGCCACUGGGCAGGAAUGAGUGCAGGCGUACGCCGGCUUGCCGACGCAACAGCAGCAGAGACGGGGUCAAAGGAUCGCUGCUCCUCACUCCUCCGCCGGCUACUCAAUGCUGCCGCCGCACGCUGGCUACUACCGACCUCCGCCCCCGCCGCACUAGUGCGGAUGGCCCAGCUCCGAAACUCAGCUCAUCUGACGAUGUUUUUUUUUCCCCCAUUCUGUCCGCGGGUCUGCGACUCGAUGUGCUGCACCAAUUGUAGAAACGCAGUAAGAACCAUUUGUAAUUAGCAUUUAGCUCCCAGAUAAUCGAACUUACUAACGAAAAGUUUUCGUAUAUAGACCGAGUAUAUAUAUGUAAUCCGGCGCGAGCUCCAAUUUAUUUGUACGUAGUUUCUAGGGCCAGCUGCGGCGCUCGCUUUUUAAGUUGAAAGUCAAAAAGUGUUGAACGUAUCAAAGCGGCUAGGCGCUUAGCUUAUUUAGCCGCAUUUUAGAGUUGAAACAUGAAUGAAUUAUCGAAAGAAAUGUAUUUGCGUAAACUAAUCGAUCAUUGAAUUUAAAUAAACGUUUAACACAAAACCACA